GUCUUUACAAUUGCGUCUUUUUUCCGUUGUGUGAAAGAUCAGUUCUGAUUGGCGUUUUGAAUUCUACAUUUGCAUCACUUGGUGGCUCGACAAAGUUUUGAGACAAGGGGGCGAAAUACAAAAGUACACUGUACACUGCGUGCAGGCAAGUUCUAGUUUGGACCGUAUCUUCAUUUUUAUGCAUAUUUAUAAAACGCCAAGCUGUAUAAACUCGAAGGCUUAUUGAAAAUAGAUACAUCAGCUGAUGUGUAUUUGCUUAAUGAGGGAAGGCGGGGCCUAAGGUGGUCAACACCCUAUACCAAGGUGUACUUCUUGUUCUCAGGAAUUAUAGCCAUAAAAAAGAUUUAAGUGACCCUAGAAAGUCCAAAAUUGUAACUCGGAGGGAUGCAGCACUCUUGGAAUGGCUAAGAUAUUGGGGCGUGAUCGCAGAAUCAUCUAAAUAAUUUUGCUGCAAACGGUCAAUACUGAUGCUAGGACCAUGUUGAGAGAGAGUGGAAAAAAAAGAGAUGAGAAUUAACUGCCAAAGAUUUGAGAAGAAUCAAACCAAGAAGCCAUCAUCUUCCAGUGCUAUCAUGUCCCCGAAUGGCAACCUAGCCGGAGAGCCCAGUAGUAAAAGAUGGUCACAGCUCAGAGACAUGGCCAAGGUUAGGAAGACUGGGCCAAGACAGACCUGAAGACAGGUUUUAUGGACUGAUGAUGUGAGGGUGACUCUUGAUGGACCUGAUGGAUGGUGCCCAUUGCUGGAUCAGCAAUGGGCACAGAGCUCCUCUUCGCAUCAACCACCAGAAAGGUGGAGGCCCGGUGCUGGUAUGGACAGGCAUCUUGCCGUACCACAGCAAACCACUAGAUGUCGCACUGAGAUCACAAACCGCGGCCAGGAGGAAAAAGAUUGGUUUUAUUUUGAAAGCUGCCACCGGAAGUUUUAACUCUGUUCCGCUCAAGCUGUUUGCGGGGAUCCUCCGGCGCAUGCGCACUCCGCUGCAUAAGCCGUUGCUCGGUGGGCAUUUUAAGGCUGACCUGGCGGCUUUAAAAAACAUCCUCGGCUCAUCGAAGCAGGCUGACCGGACCGUCGCCAUGGCGUCCAGUGGAUCAGGUGUGCAGGCUGCGCUGGUUCUGGUUCUGCUGGCGGUCCAGCUCGUCUGUGUCGGAGCCGCUGAGGCGGAUCAGGAGACUGGGACCGUCAUCCCUGCAGAAAGUCGUCCAUGCGUUGACUGCCAUGCCUUUGAGUUCAUGCAGAGGGCGCUGCAAGAUCUGAAGAAGACGGCUUUUAACCUUGAUGCCAGGACGGAGACUCUGGUGCUGCGGGCCGAGAGGAGGGCUCUGUGCGACUGCAUGCCCACCACCACGCUGCGCUGAGCCACGCCCGCCCCGACACCAUGACAGCGACCCGUCUCAAACACGUGUACAGAAACUCCCAUCUGAACUUCUCUGAACGACAGGCACUUUAUAUGAUUUGUUUCCAACACAUUUGGGUGCAGCUCUGAUUUUCCACCACAGGGGGCGUCAUUGUUUUGUUUUUUUUCUUUCAUUUUUUUUUUUUUUUUCCUUUUGCGUUAUUUAAGACGCUGACGUUUGCGAAUCCCCACAUCUCUGAAUUGUCCUCAUCGUCCUCGUCGAAGCAGAACCGCGUUUUUCUACUCUAGUAACCGACUAAAACGUAGACAAGGUAGGAUGCAUCUGUAUAGGAUUGUGUUGUAUGAGGUCACUGUUUACACUUUGAACUGUAGCAUCAGAGUUUAUUUAACUGCUCACAAUAACAGCAGUUCGACAUAGUAAUUUAAGAUAAUAAGAAUAACCUGACUGUCAUUUGAAUAAUUGUAAUUAGCCGACUCAGAGCCUGUUGGAGCGUCUCACAAAGGAAGGUUCUGUUUCCUCCACGGUCAGCUGUGGAGACGUUUUUGUUUCUGUGCAGAUACUUUUAGGAAGAACACUUGUAGGUCUUGGUUUAGCACAGCACUGUAGCAUGAAUUUAUAGCACUUUCGUUUCCCGUGGUCAAGGUUGGUGUGUGCAAACGGUGUGAACGCGCUUUGCCGCGCGUCUGCGGAGCUCGGCCCGAUUUCCAGGCGUCUGCAGAAAAAAGUGACGAGGCGGGCGGGAUCGGGGGAGCUGCGGCAUCAGCAGGGAGGGGAUGAAGAGAACUGCAGCAGGGAACAGAAAAACCGUCUCACCGUUUCAUUAACGAUGUACUUUGCAAGUCACGAGAGGCUCCACUUACAGUGUUAAUGUCGUACCUAUAAAUAAAAUCACCAAACAAC